AUCCUAUCGUUUUGCUCAGAAGAACGGCGCGGCUAGGCGCGCCGACUUGUCAGAGGUGAAGGAGAGCGGCAGAACAUACUCUAACACUUUCUGUUGGAGCUAUAUCGUCUUCACUACUUUGAUUAAACGUUUUCUCUAGUGGAUCAUUUUAUUGUUAGUUUUGUGAAGAGUGAGCUUUGUUUCGUCGCAGUUUACCUCGAUUACAUAUCCGUGACAUGACAGACAAGUGAGAGCCUGUAUGUAAGAGGAUUGCCCAGGCUGCACGUUGGCAACAUGAUUGUUAUUUCCUUCACGAAUUUCUAAAACCUUGAAGUUUUGAGGUUUGGCUAUGGAAUCGGAAGCGAGUUUACUAGUAGAUCCAAGUCCAUAUUGGGAUAGCGAAGAAGCAGAUUAUAAAUGCGAUUGUCCUGGACCUCCUCCACCUCCACAAUUUCGCCUUCCACCUCCUCCCGCUCCUCCAACUUCUAGACAAUGCCAAGGAGGCUACGAUUCCGACUUGCCUUAUUGCCAUAUCGACUUGGUCGAAGCUGAAUAUAGUCAGACACCAUUUCCUUCGCUUCCAGUCAUCGCAGUUUGCUCUUCCAUCAUAGCAGUAGCACUUCUGGUCGCCAUAUACGUUUUAUGGAGGCAUAAGAAGAAAGUCCAGAACUUCUUGCCAUGUAAUCACAAGCCGAAAGACCGUUGUGACCUCUCGGGGUCGAAUGGGGUCACGUAUGAUGAUGUCCUUAUACAUCAUCAUCCUACCCGUUUACCACCUCACGGAGGACCAGAAAUGCAAUCAGCAACUCCAUUCGAGCUAUUCGAUUUGAAGUACGAUAGCUACAAUUCUCAAAUGACACCUCUCAGACAAGGUGAUUUUCCGUAUCCUUUACAAGAAGUGACGUGCGGUCGAAACAAGAAAACGAAGGAUCACUUUAAUCCAAUAUACGAGGAAGUUUCUGGUGGUUCGGACGAACGAGCAGAUACGCAUAGCUACAAUUCCGACAUGGAAGAUAGUGAAGUCGAAAGAAGGACUACGGAUAGCGAAGAUGAUUUUGCUGAAGAUGAAUUGAGUUUGGCUAGAGAAGAAGGUAGCAGGCCGUGUUCCGGUACUAGUAGUGUCAGAGGUUCUACUGGUGGUGAUCUUUGCAAAGACGUAGGAUCGAGCGAUGGAGAGGGAGUAAGCAGCGAAGAAGAAGAACGAAGAGGACUAUUCAAAGUUCAAGAUAGUUCUGUUUCGGCUCAGGAUUAUCAAGAUCGAAGCGAAGAUAGUCAAGCGGGUGAAGAUCUUAUAUUGGGACAGAAAAGUACAAGAAGGAAAGGUUCCGAUAGUUCUUAUAGGGAGUUAGCGACGAACGAAGAAAAGUCUCCCUUUCAGAGUCCUACUUCGUUAUGGUAUGGAGCUUACCAAGAUGCUUACGAUCCAGAAAAUUGGCCUAGAGAAAAACCCGUUAUGAUGGGAGUACCGCAGUCAGAAACUAAAAAUCGCGAAAGGUCGACUCCUCAAUUUUCUACUUUUCAUCCAGUCAAUAAAACGCCAGAAGCUGAGAAUAUAUAUUGCACUAUCGACGAUGACGAUGAUGCGAAUGCCAAAAGAACUACCACCGAUCCUCCAGCCUGUACAUGAUCUCCAAACGUUUGAAACGGACCCUUCAAAUUACCAAAGCUGAAUGUCUGAAGUUAGCCAAUCGACAUCAUCCGGUCCGCAUAUUCCAGGCUGGGUCGGUAACUCUUCCCUAUUAAUCCGUGUGUUGAAGAUUUCAGAGCCGACACGAGCUGGCAAGUGAUACGCCACAGUAUCCAUAGAAAUAUCAACACAUAAUAUUUUAAAAAAGGAAGUGUUUAG